GACCUGCUGGUGUCCCUCUUCGGGGUCACCUUUACCUUCGUGUCCUGCCUGAGGAACGGCUGGGUGUGGGACACCGUGGGCUGCGUGUGGGACGGGUUUAGCGGCAGCCUCUUCGAGAAGAGUUCCAGUCACAAAUGCAUAUAUGAUGCAUUUUGACAUUUACUGCUAAGAUGAAAUACAGAAAUGAAACCACACAUCCAUUUUAGUAUUCUCAGAUGUGAUUAGAUGUACUUGCUCAUGUUUUUAUGCUACUGACUUAUAAGGAAAAAAAUAUAUUUUAAAAGGGUAACUGUUAAAACAGCUAGGACCUGCAACUUCAUUGCUUCUGGGAUAAACUGGAACAUCAGAAGGACAGAUUUUAUUACAGCAUAAUCACACCUCAUUUCUUUCAUCAGCAACUGUCACCAGACACUUUUACUUCCUAGAAUGGCGGACAGUCUUCCCACAGAGUUUGAUGUGGUUAUAAUAGGGACAGGUUUGCCCGAAUCCAUCCUUGCAGCUGCAUGUUCAAGAAUUGGUCAGAGGGUUCUGCAUAUUGAUUCAAGAAGUUACUAUGGAGGCAACUGGGCUAGUUUCAGCUUUUCAGGAUUGCUAACCUGGUUGAAGGAGCAUCAGCAAAACAAUGACAUUGGGGAAGAAAGUACUGUUGAAUGGCAGGACCUGAUCCAUGAAACAGAAGAAGCCAUCUCUCUUCGCAAGAAGGAUGAAACUAUCCAACACACAGAAGCUUUUUGUUAUGCCAGUCAGGAUAUGGAGGACAAUGUUGAAGAGGUUGGUGCUCUGCAGAAAAAUCCUUCUUCAGGGGUGUCUAGUACCUUCACUGAAGUUCUGGAUUCCGCAGGCUUGCCUGAAGACAGCCAGUCAUCAAAUUUUAAUAGCGAUGAAAUGUCUGCCAAACACACUCAGAAAAGUGAUAGAGAGAUUUCACUAGAAGUAACUGAUGUAGAGGAAUCAGUGGAGAAGGAAAAGUAUUGUGGAGAUAAAACUUGUAUGCACACAGUUUCAGAUAAAGAUGGAAAUAAAGAUGAAAGCAAAUCUACAGUAGAAGAUAAUGCCAAUCAACCAAUUAGAAAUAGGAUUACUUACCUUCAAAUAGUUAAAGAAGGGAGGAGGUUUAAUAUUGAUUUGGUAUCAAAACUGCUAUAUUCUCAAGGAUUGCUAAUUGAUCUUUUAAUCAAAUCAGAUGUUAGUCGUUAUGUAGAAUUCAAAAAUGUCACUAGGAUUCUUGCAUUUCGGGAAGGAAAGGUAGAACAAGUGCCUUGUUCCAGAGCAGAUGUCUUUAAUAGCAAGGAACUCACCAUGGUUGAAAAGAGGAUGCUAAUGAAAUUUCUCACAUUUUGUUUAGAGUAUGAACAACAUCCUGAUGAAUACCAAGCUUUCAGGCAGUGUUCAUUUUCAGAAUACUUAAAAACUAAAAAACUAACUCCCAACCUUCAACAUUUUGUACUGCACUCAAUUGCAAUGACAUCAGAAUCAUCUUGCACUACAAUAGAUGGCCUUAACGCAAUUAAAAACUUCCUUCAGUGUCUCGGACGGUUUGGCAACACUCCCUUUUUAUUUCCCUUGUAUGGCCAAGGAGAAAUUCCCCAAUGUUUCUGUAGGAUGUGCGCAGUUUUUGGUGGAAUCUAUUGUCUUCGUCAUAAAGUACAAUGCUUUGUAGUCGACAAAGAAUCUGGACGAUGUAAAGCAAUUAUAGAUCACUUUGGUCAAAGAAUAAAUGCUAAAUAUUUUAUUGUGGAAGACAGUUACCUUUCUGAGGAAACAUGCUCAAAUGUGCAGUAUAAGCAGAUCUCUAGGGCAGUACUCAUUACAGAUCAGUCUAUACUAAAGACAGAUUCAGAUCAGCAGACUUCCAUUCUGAUAGUUCCUCCAGCAGAGCCAGGAGCUUGUGCUGUACGGGUCACUGAAUUAUGUUCUUCAACCAUGACAUGCAUGAAGGACACCUAUCUGGUACAUUUGACAUGUUCAUCUUCUAAAACAGCAAGAGAAGACUUAGAAUCAGUGGUGAAGAAAUUAUUCACUCCAUAUACUGAAACAGAAAUAAACAAGGAAGAACUUACAAAGCCAAGACUCUUGUGGGCUCUUUAUUUUAAUAUGAGAGAUUCCUCGGGAAUCAGCAGAAGCUCAUAUAAUGGCUUGCCUUCCAAUGUUUAUGUCUGCUCUGGGCCUGACUGUGGCCUGGGAAAUGAGCAUGCCGUCAAGCAAGCUGAAACACUUUUCCAGGAGAUCUUUCCAACUGAAGAAUUCUGCCCUCCACCUCCAAAUCCAGAAGACAUUAUCUUUGAUGGCGAUGAUAAGCAGCCAGAGUCUUCUGGAACCAAUAAUGUAAUAGUGGCCACACUAGAGUCCUCUGAGGAAGGCAAAAACCAAGAAAGCCCAGAGAAGCACCUUCAAAAUUAGAAAAGAGCAAUCUGGAAAUGCUGUUUUGGACCUCCUUCAUGGCAUCAGAAUAUUCUCAUUUAAAGGACAGUUUCCCAUAUGAGUAAUUAGAAGUGGUUAUAUAUGUUGAAUGCUAUGCAGAUGUUGUCUUUAACUCUCAGACAUUCAGCAUUGAAUAUCUUUGUUAACCUAUCAAUGAGUGAUUUAUUGAUUAUUGAACAUUUUGUUUAGAAUGGGCUACAUGACCCAUAAUCUUAAAACAGAGUUAGCUGUAUUUUAGUAUUGGGUAUGUAUGUAAGGGUUCCAUAUUAACAACUCAGCUUAAAGGUAAUGUUGUAUUUGCUAAUGAUCUUCAGAUUUUAUCUUUGUCUACAGAACAAUUAGUAAUACCCAAGUAAUAUUUUAAUUACUUUCACAGCUAUUAUAGUUGCUGCGGCCUGUUCGAAUAGUGAAACACACACAAAUGGUAAAUUAUGUGGAUCUUUUGCAUAUAAUAUAAAUGUAUAGACAUGGUGGUAGGAAUAGCAACUAAUACAAAUGCCAAUAUGAUAAUAAAAUACGUUUGUCUAUAAUCGUUAAAAGAUUAGCUUUGCAUGAUGCUUUAUUCAUUGUGAAGGUCUGAAGUUUAUAAUACCCACUUCACUCUUGUAACUGAUGAGGCAAUGACGCCACCACAGUGUUCUAAUUUACAAAAAGAAUUGGAGUUCAAUUAGUAGUUGAAAAACUCAUUUUGGGGAGGUUGAUUGCAAAGAAAAUUUGAAGGAUAAGAUUUAUUCUCAUUUAAUACUUCAGAAAAUUUCUGCAGAGCCCUGCUUUGGCACUUAAAGAGCUUCCAACAAGUAACUUAGACCAAAAGGAAAAAUGAAGUGCCCCAGGAGAAGAUACUUCAUAAGGGCUGUUCUGAAAUUCCUAAGGAGAAACAGAGUGAAGCCUUUUUAACCUGGGAUUACAGAUAGUUAUAAAACCCUCUAUAAAUAGAUUACCCAAGGUUUUUCAGUGAGAAUGAAACCUACCACCUUGUUGGCUCUACCACUUUAAUUAAUAUUACUAACAUAACUGAUAGGAAUGAAUCAAAGGAAGAUUUACCAUGCCCUUUUGGUUGUGUCCCACUUCACAAAUUGUGAAGCAACAACCUUCUGUAAUCUCUCUUGCCUCUUAGCUGUUAUCUAGAGUAUAGAAACUUUUUUUCUCCCAGAACCACCCAACAUCAUAAAACUGGUAGUACUCUAAUGGUAAAAACCUGUGGAGCUGUCAGAAAACAUGAACUUGCUUUUCGUCUAGUCCAGUUUCCAUUCCUCAGGCAGAGAAUGAUGAUCUUGUGACAGUUUUUGCUCUGAAACAGCAUUUAUCAUGUGCUUGGUACUUAGUAUUACGCUUUCUCAUGACAGUUUCUCAGCAAUCCUGUGAGGCAGAUUUGCAUAUACCUUCUGUAUUAGUCUGUUCUCAUGCUGCUGAUGAAGACAUACCUGAGAUGGUAAUUUAUAAAGAAAAAGGUUUAAUGGACUCACAGUUCCAUGUGGCUGGGGAGACCUCACAAUCAUGGUGGAAGGUGAAAGGCAUGUCUUAUAUGGCAGUGGACAAGAGAGAAUGAGAACUAAAUGAAAAGGGAAACCCCUUUUAAAACCAUCAGAUACCGUGAGACUUAUUUACUACCAUGAGAACAGUAUGGGGGAAACAACCCCAUGAUUCAGUUAUCUCCCACAAGGUUCCUCCCACAAUACGUGGGAAUUAUAGGAGCUGCAAUUCAAGAUGAGAUUUGAGUGAGGACACAGCCAAACCAUAUCACCUUCAAAGAAGAAAUAGAGAAUUAUUAGUAAUUUGCUCAGAAUCUGGUAUGUGGAAGAGCCAACAUGGGGACCCAGUCUUUUGUGAUUCUAAAACCUUUGAUCUUUCUACUAACAUUCACUGUUAGAAGAGUGUAGGCACUACAGGAGAAAGAAAAAGUGCCCACGAAAAUUAGUCGAGCAUUCCCGGGGUGGAAAAGCACACACUGGUCCUGCAGCUUAUUGAAUCGGAGAAAUGUGAAGAUUAAGAUGAACUAAACAAAUGUAUUUUAGAGCAUGGAUCUCAUUGAAGCAGAAUUUGGCUAAGGUUUAAGAAAAUGUUCUUCAGUAACACAUCUCUUGAUCUGAAGAUCGUGUUAUAAAAAAUAUUACCAGGCCAAAAUUUGUUCGGAAUACACUCAUUUUUUGCUCCUCUAUAUGUGAAGAAAAUGAGACCAGACAGAUUUAAGUAAUUGACAACUUACUUAAAGUAGCAAAGUCAUGGAUUGUAUUGACUUUUAAAAUAUAGUAAAGUCAUAUUUAAAUUUUAUCCUAAAGUUUAAAUCUAUCAAAACAACUGAAAUACUUGAAAUAGACCUAUAAAAUAGUAAUUAAAAUGAGAAAUACAUAAGAUGAUAAAUAAAAUGACGGUGAAGGUAUUCCAGAUCUACCGAAAAGAUUUUCAGUAUCACAAAUUAUUCAUAAGAAAUCAAGGAAAGGAACAAUGAGAAGUUGCGAAAGAUGGUAUAGCUGAAUAUAAUAGAAAUAGGAAAAAUUAGUCCAAAAUAAAGGUUGAUUUAAAAAUGAAGAAAAUGAAUAUACUUCUUACUGAAUACAAAAUAAAUGGGAAAUGAGAAGUUAUACCAAUAAAAACAUUUAAAAAUUUAGGGGAUAUCACAACUCAGUAUAAUUUUCUGACAGGUUGGAUUUUGACCCUAAUGGACUUGCUGGUGAACUUUUUUUUUUUUUUUUUU